AUGUCCACUCCGAAGUGCACGAAGCAGUCGAUAAAUCGCAAACGCGGCCAGGGCACUUCCGGUUUAAAAGCAUCGGCCCUCGUAGCGACUGCAGAUCAGGGUGACCCUCCCCCUUUUUCUCCAUCACUGGAGCUUACCUUCCGUGGGCAUCGAAGCACUGUUCUUGCCGCAAGCUUCAGACCGACAGCUGUGUCGUACUCAUACUCCAGUCUGGAUGGACGGGGGUCACCGGAAAAUGUGUGGUCCUCCCCAUGUAUCCUUUCAGGGGGUGCUGAUGGUUAUGUUUUUAUGUGGAGCGCGCGGCCAACUGUUAGGGCACUACGCUUCGUUGGACCCCAUAGUCCGGUGCGUGACUGUGCUUGGAGCUCGCACGGUCAGCUUCUUGCAAGCGCUGGACACGACGGUUUCGUGCGCCUUUGGCUCCCGAUGUUGCGCCGCACAAGUGGGUUGACGGGCUCCUCAUCGUCAGGGGGGGGUUGUGUCGGUAGUGGUGGAGAGAACUGCUACUUGUGGCGUGCACAUGAAGGCCCCGUCCGGGCAUUAGCCGCAGCACCCUACGAUGAUUACCUUUACACAGCUGGAGAUGACAAGUCGGUGAAAUGCUGGGAUUUAAAUUAUUCGCCCACUCGGUCUUCCUCAUCGGGGAAAAGUGGUGGUCACAAGUUUGUUUGUGGGUUUGUAGGUGGGCAUCAGAACUGGGUGCGUACCGUCGCCGUUUCCAAUGGCAUGAGUGCGCUACCUUCCCAUGGUCCACUGGUGGCAAGUGGAGGUGACGAUCGCACAGUGCAGGUUUGGGACCCGCGUUCACGCAGGCCAACACAUACUUUUUACGAGCACACGGAUAGUGUACGAUCUGUUGACUUUCAUCCUGACGGCUGUUCGAUUGCAACGGGAUCAUCAGACCAUACCAUAAACGUGUAUGACCUUCGGCUAAAUAGGUUACUUCAGCACUACGGUGCGCAUGACGGUGCCGUUAAUGAAGUGCGUUUUGCCCCCACAGGUAGCUGGUUGCUCUCUGCUUCAGCAGACGGAACAGCAAAGUUAUGGGACCUGAAGGAGGGAUAUCUGUAUUGCACGCUCAGCGCUCAUGAGGGUGGCGUCUACACUUCACGAUUCUCCGAUGACAGUCGCCAUUUGGUGACAGCUGGUCAAGACGGACUGGUGAUGAUGUGGCGAACGGGUUUGUUGAGAACACAGCCGGUGUACGCAACACAUUUCUACGCAGGAAAGUGCCCACCGGUGGGAGCGGCCACUGAACCGCUGCCGCUACCCGCCGCCACAUCGAUUAACACUGAACCGCGCCCUGAAGAUGGGUUUGAUCAUACCCAUUUAGCGGAUUCAACGGUUGUAAACCGAGAGGGCAGAAGGUGCGGUUCUCGGGACGCCAAGGAGUUGGGGACAUGUUUGGCUCGUAGCCGCCGUAACUCGACCGAUGUCGUUAGUGGUCACCGUACCAGCGAGGGUAAGAGGCCUAAUGUCGGCGUAGCAAAGUCGAAAUUGGGUAACCGAGCAACAUUUUCGGUUGCGUCUUCUCAAAAUUCUGCUGUUUCGUCGCAGAGGCCACCGCUUGCCCAACCUUCAUUACAAGCGGGCGGAAGUGCCGCCGCCGCUGCCAUGGCCGUAUCAGCGGAGAUAGACGAUUGUCCAUUUGCUGCUUGCCUUAGGAACGACGUUUGCAACGGUGUUGGAAGCGGUAACUCGAUUGCACAGAGCUUCAGCCGCUCUGAGCGCAGGGAGCGCACUCCCGUCAAACCAAAAACUGAGACUCAUAACGGCAGCGAAGAGUUUUCUGUUCCAAACGAGGCGUUCCAUACUGUGAGCAUGAAAGUUUCGGUCAGUGAUGGAGGACAUCAACAAGGUGAAGAAAAUCAGCGGCGGUUGCAGCCUCAAGAGCGACACCAUCCGUUGCCAACCAAUGCACAAGUGACUUCCGCGGUUGGUGUGGAAGGGAGUCUACGUGGGAACACCUCCGGAGUUGGUGAAGAAGAUGAAGAGAUGUGUGUUGUGGAGUAUAUCGACGAUGCGAGUGGUGAAGCACGUUACAAUGGCUGGAUGAACUGCGCAGAAUCUGCGUCACACCAUGUGGAUCAUUCCAUGCUCAGUCGUAAGGGAGAUGAACACAAUAUGAAUGCUCGUUUGGAACGCCUUGAGAAGGCUUAUGCCCGACUCGCUGAGGAGGUUCAAGUGUCGCAAAGGCACACUGUGGAGGUCGUUCAAAAACAACAGGAGAACUGGGAGCUGCAGAGGCAGCAACAGCGUGCCGAAAUGGAGCAACUACGUGUGAUGAUGGCGGGACUCGUGGCCCAGCAAGACGCCUUGUUGGAGGCACUUCGGAAGGCUUGA